AUGUCAUCGCAAGAAGAAGUGCCUGAUGAUCCAGAUCAAGUAACAAGCAAUCCUGAAUCGAUUGAUGUUCUCAAGAGAGUAGCGAAAACGGUUUCGAGGUAUUUAGAUGAAGAGAACGCGCGAGUGAAAGCAGAGCAAGCGUGUUUCUUGCCAAGUACUGAAGACGGAAUCCCUGUGAUCGGAGAGAUUCCAGGAAUCAAAGGUUGUUAUGUAGCCACUGGACAUAGUUGCUGGGGAAUUCUCAAUGGUCCAGCUACUGGUGCUGCAUUAGCUGAGCUCAUUGUAGAUGGUGUAGCCACUUUUGUUGAUCUUAGCCGGUUUAGUCCUUCCCGGUUUGGCAAACGGAGAAUCCGUUAA